AUGGCGUCGGAGCUUUUCCAUGACAACUCAUGGACGACACCAUGGCAAUCACCCGAGUUCCCCCCCGAGGAACUCCCCCAUGAGAGAAGAAAAAGAUUUCAAACAAAACCGGGAUGGAGAUCGGGUUGGAAUGGCCAUCUUCCUCGAUUUUUCCAGUUUCACUCGAGGGGCAUCGGCGGUUGGCCGUGGGGCUUUGUUAUCUAUCGCACAAGCUUUGAAGCUACAUCUGACCAGGACUGGGCUGCUGUGAUUGCAAAGAUUGAUCGGUACUGCUACACCUCAAUGGGUCCCAUUCCGAAAGGAUUCGAGCGUCUGUUCCCACCCCAGCCAAAUAUUCGUGAACUUGUUUGCGAGGGCUAUCGAAAUGUGAUUGUCGAGGAUCCAAAGCUAGAAUUUGCCUCGAUUGAAACCAUUCGCAAACGACAUAUUGAAUGGGCCGAGGGACAGGGCUACUCCCGUCAUAUUGGCAGACCUCGAUUUGACUAUUGCCUUGUUCUGGAUGACCGCUCUAUACGGUCGAUUUUGGCAAGUUCAGAGCCAAAGAGUAAUGCAUCUGAUUCUGGUUUAGUCGGAUACGUUAAUGUGAUCGACUGUGACUUUGACCCAGAGGAUCCUGAAAAUGAAUGCUCGGAGUUCUAUGAUGGGUCACUAAGAAUUUGCUUACGCGAUAUUUUCUCCUUUGCUCUAUCUUGUGAAAAUCUCCAGACAGGCGAACAACAAUGGGGAGACUGGGGAAUGGAAAAUCCCGGAAACGUUAUCUAUACAGAUGGACAUUCAUCGCUUAUUGAGAAGCAAGAUGUGUUUCUCUGUCCAUCUGAUUACAACAUCUUUUCCCGCUUACGAGAACCUAAAUUGCCAAGAAACCCGACCAUCACCGAGUCUGAGUAUCGUGAACGGCAGAGUUCUAUCACAAUAGAAAGUCAAGCCGCCUGA